AUGCCUCAUCCCUUCACAAAAUUUACAAGAGAGACGCCACCGAGCGGUCUACUAGUCCAAGAACCGAAUCUCGUAAUAUUCAUGCCAGACCAGCUGCGAUGGGAUGCCCUUGGAUGCAACGGAAACCCUAUCGCAAAGACACCCAAUAUCGACCGAUUCAGUCAACGAGGCACUCGGUUCACCAACUGCUAUGUGCAAAAUAGCAUGUGCACACAGAGCCGUUGCUCUAUGUUUCUCGGUCUCUAUCCUCACGUCUCCGGCCAUCGUAGUUUGAAUAAUAUGAUCAAAUCCUGGGAACCAAACAUGUUUCGUUCGCUCAAGGAAGCGGGCUAUCAUGUUGCUUGUCUGGCACCAAGGGGGGACACUUAUGCUCCUACGGUGACGGAGCUUAGUAUGAACGAGUACGGGUUUAUAGAGACCCCUGAUAUUCUGCCUGGUUUUAUGAUGGGCCCAAAGGCAACAAGCGAACAUGCUAAGAAAAUAGAAACGGUUGACAAACUUGCACCGCGGCUUUUCUAUAAGGGGCUCCGAGACCAGAGUGCUAUCCUCGACUACGAUGAGGCUGCUGUUCGAUCUGCAGAGAAAUUUCUUGAGCAUCCUCCUGAGGGGCCGUGGGUGCUAUAUCUGCCGUUGAUCUUCCCUCAUGUCCCUUUCCAAGUCGAGGAGCCCUAUUUUUCGUUGUAUGAUCGAAAGUCGAUGCCAACUCCUGCUCGACUCUCAGAAAAGACAGGCUACGAGCCCAAGUAUAUGGAAGCAAUGCGCCAUCACUACGGAUUGGAUAAAAUUGAUAACCUGGGGCUCUGGGACUCCACCGUGACCAUGUUCUUCACCGAUCAUGGCGAGUACCUGGGUGACUAUGGGCUAGUUGAGAAAUGGCCGACUGGCAUGUCUGAUUCACUGACUCGCGAGCCACUAAUCAUUGCUGGAGCCGGCCUUCCUCAGGGUAACACAUUUGAUGAUAUGGCCGAAAUGGUCGACCUUGUUCCUUCUGUCUUUCAGCUUUGCUCUAUCCCGGAGAGCUUCCCUACGAACGGUAAAUCCUGGAUUGCUGGCAUUUUACACGGCACGCUGCACAAGGAAUAUGCAUUUGUUGAAGCAGGCUAUCUAACCAGCGAAGAGCCGCUGAUUGAGACGUCCCCGUUUCCGUACGACAUCAAAGCUGAUCUUCAACAUAAAGACUCAGUGCUAGCAGGAAAAGCCGUUGCAGUCCGAAAUAAAUCGUGGACGUACAUCUACCGAUUGUACGAGCCUGCUGAACUAUAUUCACGAGAGCGAGAUCCCCAGGAAUUACAUAAUCUGGCAGGUCUGCCGGAAUAUCAGCCAACAGUCAGAUUACUAGAAUCUGUUGUGUUUCGCUGGAUGGUAGAGACCAGCGACUUUUUGCCGUACGCUGUUGAUCCCCGAGUCUCCAAUGUGGAUUUGGAAGAUCCCAAUAGUCAGUGGGAGAGACGUGUGAAAGCUGCAAGUUCUAAAAUAAUAAGUUGA